UCUCUCAGUAGGAAGGAGAUGCUGGAUUCGGGAGGUCCGCCGCCAUUAUUGGGAAGCUGAAAAACCCCAGACUUGUACACACCGUCACAUUCCGCUCGCGCGGAGCUUCACGUUCGAAAGAGGAAAAAAGAAGAAGAAGAAGUAAAAAAAGGAAACACGGCGCUUUCACCGCGGAGCUGCUGCUGUUCUACACGAAAAAAAAAAAAAAAAAAAACCCCGGCGUUUUUGGGAGAGAAAAGCGGACAUGUGAAUCGGCUUCUCUUCGGACUCUUUUAUUUUUGACACAACAAAGGAAAUAAUAAUUGGCGAAAACAACGUGGUGGUGAAGCGAGAAGGGAAAACACUGCGCUUCCCAACGCCUCCCUCUUUCCUCGUUUCCAGAAGGUGGUUGGAAGGAGUUUGAACAGCGUUUUUCUCCCCUCUUUACUAAGGACAGAUUUAUUUUUCUUUAGAUGUGCAUCUUGUUUUCUGAAAACUUCAUACGGGUGAAAACGAAGUGUUAACGUCGGGGCGCCUUAAAAAGCGAAAAUUCUCGUGAGUGUUAGCAGGGAGUAUUUAUUUAUUUUUUUUAAAGACUUUAACCGGCUCUGAGUCGUAGAGAAAGAAAGGAGUGGACGACAGAAGGAGGAAUGCUGUGGGCCAGACCCCAUCUCACUGAGCUUUUUCAUGGAAACCCUCCUUCCUUGGCAGCCUCCUUCUCUUGUUAGAGUGUGAGGUCAGCAUGGCAGGAUGAACCUCUACAAGCGAUGAUGAUGGCCAAAAAGCAAGAUGUCCGGUCACCCACCUACAACCUAGUUGUGGUUGGGUUGUCUGGCACAGAAAAGGAGAAGGGCCAGUGUGGUGUGGGCAAGUCUUGCCUGUGCAACCGCUUUGUCCGACCAAGCGCAGAUGACUUUUACCUGGACCACACCUCUGUUCUCAGUACCAGUGAUUUUGGAGGCCGUGUGGUUAACAAUGAUCACUUCCUGUACUGGGGAGAAGCAGGUCGGACAGUGGAGGAGGGCCCAGAGUGCCGAAUGAAUGUGGUGGAGCAGACAGAGUUCAUUGAUGAUCAGACGUUCCAGCCACACCGCAGCACAGCACUUCAGCCUUACAUCAAAAGGGCAGCGUCCACCAAGCUGGCUUCAGCUGAGAAAUUGAUGUACUUUUGCACAGAUCAGUUGGGGCUGGAGCAGGACUUUGAACAGAAACAAAUGCCUGAAGGCAAGCUGAUGGUGGAUGGCUUCUUACUUUGUGUGGAUGUUAGCAGGGGUAUGAACCGUAGCUUUGAGGACCAGAUGAAGUUUGUCAACAACCUGUACAACCAGCUGGCAAAAACAAAGAAACCUGUGGUAAUGGUCCUCACCAAAUGUGAUGAAGGAGUUGAGCGCUAUAUUAAAGACUCUCAUACUUUUGCCCUGGCUAAGAAGAAUCUACAGGUGGUGGAAACAUCAGCACGGUCUAAUGUAAAUGUUGACCUAGCCUUUCUAACACUGGUUCAGCUAAUAGACAAGAGUAGGGGAAAGCCUAAAAUUAUCCCUUACUUUGAGGCACUAAAACAGCAGAGUCAGCAGAUUGCCUCAGCCAAAGACCGCUAUGAGUGGUUAGUCAGCAGAAUUGUCAAAACCCACAAUGAGACAUGGCCCAGUGUCAGUCGACGAAUGCAGUCUGCCCCUGAGUACAAGGACUAUGUUUUUCUUGAGGGGACAGCUAAAGCCAAGAAGCUCUUCCAGCAACAUGUGCAUAGACUGAAACAAGACCAUAUAGAAAAACGCAGGAAAACGUAUCUCAGUACUCUACCACAGGCUUUGUCUUUACUGUUACCAGAGUUGGAUGAAAUAGACCACCUGAGCUGGUCUGGGGUUCAGAAAGUCUUGGAGACAAAGAGAGAUUUCUCCCAAUGGUUUAUUGUGUUGGAUGACACUCCUUGGGAGACCACACCACACAUUGAUAAGAUAGAGGAUGAUAGAAUCCCUCAGGACCUCUUGGAAACUCCUGCAGCAGAGGCUAUCUAUGUCACUCAUCUGGAACAGCUGAGAAAUGAGCGUAAGAGGGCUGAGAUGAGAUGGGAGUUCAAGGAGAAGUUAAGUGUCUCACCAUUCAUCACACCAGGAAAACCCUGGGAGGAAGCCAGAAGCUUCAUCAUGAAUGAAGAUUUCUAUCAGUGGUUGGAAGAGACUGAAUAUCUGGAUAUCUACAAUAAGCACCAGAAGGAAAUCAUUGACCGAGCCAAAGAGGACUUCCAAGAACUCCUUCUAGAAUACUCUGAGUUGUUCUAUGAACUGGAAGUAGAUGCAAAGCCUAGUAAAGAGAAAAUGGAAGCCAUUCAGGAGGUAUUAGGAGAGGAGCAACGGUUUAAAGCCCUGCAGAAACUGCAGGCAGAAAGGGAUGCUUUGGUAUUAAAACAUAUCCACUUUGUUUACCACCCCACCAAGGACACUUGCCCCAACAGCCCCCACUGUGUGGACAGUAAAAUAGAACAGAUCCUAGCCUCCAGAUUUCCUACUCGCUACCCCUCAUCAGACAGUUCGAGACUAGAUGGGGGAAGGGUUGAUAGGAUAAAUCUUGUGAUACUAGGGAAAGAUGGGCUAGCCAGGGAGAUGGCAAACGAGGUAAGGGCAUUGUGCAGUAGUGAUGACCGCUACCUGUUAGAUGGGAGAAUGUAUGAGCUAACUCUUCGUCCCAUAGAGGGCAAUGUGCGUUUGCCUGUUAAUUCCUUCCACACACCUACAUUUACACCUCAUGGCUGCCUUUGUUUGUACAACUCAAAGGAAUCACUCUCUUACGUAGUGGAGAGUAUAGAGAAGCUUAGAGAGUCAACCAUAAGCAGAAGGGAAAGGGAAAACAGCUUAGCUCAGCUCCCAUUAUCUCUUCUUCUGGUCACCAAGCGUGGGGUGGGAUCUAUAGGCGAUAUUGGGGGAGAGACAGCUCAGACUCUCAUCCAACAAGGGCAGCAGGUGGCUACCAAGCUACCAUGUUCUUACCUAGAUCCAGCCUCACCAGGUAUGGGUUAUGGGCGCAGUGUCAGUGAAAAGCAGAUCAACCAGUUGCUGAAGAACCUCUUAGAAUCCCGGAGAAACAUAGGGAGCAGCUCUCCACCACUACCCCCUUCUUCCUCAGCCUUCAGGGACUCUCAUUCCCAGCCUGUGACAGAUUCAGACGUGAAGGUAGUCAUGUGCUUGAUGUGUGGAGACACAUAUGACCUUGAGCAGCUUCUUGCUCCUUUCCUACUGCCCCAGCAUUGUCGUCCUGCCUCCAGCCUCAGUACUGGUACUUCUGUUCUCUUGGAAGUCAAUGUAGGAGCUCAGAGGCAUAAUAUUGUGCUUUCUUUGCUCUCCUUCCAUUCUUCUUUCUCCUUGCGCAAAACCGGAUUGGUCCAUGGCUACAUUUUAGUAUACUCUGCUCGCCGUAAGGCUUCUAUGGAGACUUUAUGUGCUUUUCUCUGUGAGGUGCAAGACAUCAUUCCAGUGCAGCUACUAGCGGUAGGGGAAAGCCAGAUGGAACUGUCAGACUCUGAGUCAGCUAAGGAGCAGGUCAGUCAGGGAGAGGAUCUGGCCCAUGAAAUAGAUGCCAGGUUUAACACGGUAAUAUGUGGGCAUGGAGGGGUGGUUGGUGGGCUUCAUAAGAUAGACCAUUUCCAAACAUUUUUCAAGGAGGUGUUGGAAAAGCGCACUAUUGUUGAGGCCACACACAUGUAUGAUAAUGUAGCUGAGGCUUGUACCAAUGAGAGCAUCAGCCCCCGCUAUGGUUCUCCCAGUCCAGUUAACACUCUGUUGGACUCUGAGGAUGAUAUUGAUCCAUCACCACUCUACCCUACUUUCAGAGAGGAUGGUAGUCUCAGCUCCCACAUAGCAAGCUUCAAACUCCCAGAUCUGGAUUCAAGUGAUGCUUUUUCUGUCAUUUCUGAGAUAAGCACAUUUGAGAGCAAGCUGAACAACAAGGUGCCUCCACAAGUGAAACCCAAGCCAGUCCGUAAGGUCAACCUCAGCCCUUACAUGGACCAACAGCAGGGUGGUACCAAUCGACGCUCCUUGCCCCAAGCUGUUACCUGGGCUCCAGGUAGCGAUGGGGGCUAUGACCCCUCUGACUAUGCAGAACCCAUGGAUGCUGUGAGCAAACCACGGAUCACAGAGGAGGAGAAUAUCUACUCUGUCCCUCAUGACAGCACACAGGGCAAGAUCAUUACAAUCCGCAAUGCCAACAAGGGUCACACCAAUGGCAGUGGUGGCGGGAAUGGGUCAGAUAGUGAGGCUGAUAGCAGCUCACUUGAGCGCAAGAGAAAGCUAUCAGCCAUUGGGGUGAAGCCUAUGCUUUACAGAGACAGAUCCAAACGACUUGGCAAAUUCAGUAGUUUUAGAACCAGUUUCUCAAUAGGUAGUGAUGACGAGACAGGUGCUUCAACCAAAGCUAGCCAAGAUGAGCUGGGAGGAGCACAAAAGGACAACUCUAUUGAAGAGAUUGAAGACCCCAAACGGAGAAACAUUCUUAAGAGCCUACGCAGAAAUGCAAAGAAACCAAGACCCAAACCCAGGCAUUCAAUCUCAAAACCCAUUGAAAGCAACUACUUUGGCAUGCCAUUAGCGAAUGUUGUCACUCCUGAGAAGCCAAUUCCAGUCUUCAUUGAGAAGUGCAUCCGUUUUAUUGAAACAACAGCAGGUUUGACCACAGAGGGCAUCUACCGAGUCAGUGGAAACAAAGCGGAGAUGGAAAGCAUGCAGCGGCAAUUUGACCAAGACCACAACUUGGACCUUGUGGAGAAAGAUUUUGCCAUCAACACAGUAGCAGGAGCCAUGAAGGCCUUCUUCUCGGAGCUACCUGACCCUCUGGUGCCCUACAGCAUGCAGGGAGAACUGGUGGAGGCCUUCAAGAUCAACGAUCGGGAGCAGCGCUUCCAGGCCAUGAAGGACGUUCUACGCCACUUCCCCAAGGAGAAUUACGAGGUCUUCAAAUACGUCAUCAGCCACUUGAACAAAGUCAGCCAGCACAACAGGGUCAACCUGAUGACCAGUGAGAACUUGUCCAUAUGUUUCUGGCCCACGCUGAUGAGACCGGACUUCACUACCAUGGACGCCCUGACCGCCGCCCGCACCUACCAGACAAUCAUUGACAGUUUCAUCCAACAGUACGGCUACUUCUUCCUCAACCAGCCGCUUGUUGACGGCCUCCCCGGAUCCCCCACCACGACGCUCACUGGAGGAACCUCGGCUUACUCCUGUAUGGCUGGAGGCUACUCAUCUUUGCCAACUCCGUCCCCGACUCCUUACGUCCUCCCUGUGACUCCUCCUGUCAUUCCGCACUAUGGUCCCCCUGUCCACCAUCACCCCCACCACCUCCAUCAGCAUCACUCCCCAACACACUCCCCACCUCCGACUCCCCAGUCCCCGAUCCCAGCCCUGCUGCCACCCUCCCUGCACCCCCAUCAACCCCCCACAGAACAACACAUGCUGUGAACCAGGGAUCAAGGGAAAGGGAGUUUUAAAAAAAAAUACAAAAAUGACACGACAAACAAAAAUGAAGAUAGUCAGUUUAAGGUUUGAGGGAAAAAAUGACUGUAUAGUUUGGGAAGGAGGUGAAAAAGGUGGAUUGAAGCAAGAACAGGAGGUCAGAAUAAGAUGGAGAAGACAGAGAUGCAGUAUGUACAGGGAGAAACGUACACGUUUGGGAGAGGAGACGUUUGAGCCUCCGCCGGAUUUUAGGAAAAACUGACAAACACAAGUCGUACAGAGGAAGGGAUGAAGAGCUGGGCGGGGCUGUUGUUCUCUCUCCGUCUCACCUUAUCACUUUGCUUGUCAUCCUCGCACCACUAGGACGCCCUCCUCGCCUUACACACAUGAAGACAGAGAUGUUGGACUGCUGAAGGGACUUGAACCUCAAAUGUAUAUUAUUACAGCGGGAAUGUGAACAGGUGGACCUCCUCUCCUCAGCCGCCACACGUGCUGGAGAUUUGGUGGCUGGCGUGCACAUUUUGCAAACCUCCAAACCUACCGCAGGGACCACGCAGGGAAGUUCGCGUGUCUCAAAUGCAAAAAAAAAAAAAAAAGUUUGCGUCACCGCCGUCAUUUAUAGAGGACGCACGCAUUCCAACCUGUCAAACCUGCAGCUGCACACGUGCAUGUCAGUUCAGCUUCAGUUGGGCAGUUACGCCAAGCACAUAAAAAAGAGAAAAAGAAUCUCAACCAACUGGAUCUGCUGGGCAACAACAGAUUGGAGCAAAGGAUUCUGGGUGCUUUCACACACCCAUGGCAUUCUGGGACAGCUCCUCCCAUCCUCCUUUUUUGUGUACUUGUACCUCAUUCCUGGUUGUUGUCGCAGAAUGUCAGAACACAGCUUGGGAAAAAAAGAAUGUUUUUUUUUUAUUAUUAUUAAUUCUCCAUCCAGAAACCGUUUUUAAUUAUUCAUCAUAAAAUCUCAUACAGAAAAAACCCUGCUUAUGUUGGCAAAUGAGUGAGAUUCAUCCGUUCAUCCCAGCUUAGGUGGACGUGUGUUUUUUUUAUAAUAGGUGCGUGGUGGGAAUGGUUUCUUCUUCUGUGUUGGGUCUUUGGAGGUGCGGCGGGUUUACGCUGCAGGUUUUGUCGCCGGGAUCUUUGUUGAAAAGCACUUUUCUGAGCACUUUGCAGAUUGAAGCUGCUGUCACACGACAGCCGCACUUCACUUUUCCUCUCAGUCCUCCCUGCUUAUUACUCUCUCACUUAGUCUGAGAGCGCGAUACUGACAUCUAGAGGAACAAAUGGGUUACUCCACUCACAGCCUCGCUGCUGCCUGGGCCGAGCACAGUUUUCCUGCUGUGGUUUUGUAGCUUCACGUUCUCUUAUCGGUGCAGUUAAAGAUCAAUUUUCUGCACGUGUCGGGCAAAAUGAGCUCAAGAGCUCACGAAGUGCCGAGUGUAAAUAAAGGAGCAACAACACGAGGUUUAAAUCUGCUCUAGAUCAAUUGAGAUUGCCCUGUGGAUCUAUAGAUGCAGUCUGGUAGGCACAAAGCAUUGUGGUUACAUCGCUGUUGAUUAGAUGUGCAGUGAAUAAAAUCGCCUCUUUGUCUGCCGCCGAGGAAGCCAAAAGACGCCGUCCAUUUAAGGAUCGAGGCGAGGAAAUGAAGAGUUUGUCCAAAAUCACUUCCUAUUUGCAUUCCAGUCCUCAGUUUAAAAAACGAAUAUUGUACAAAAAUGCCAACAAUGAAACU